AUGGCCAAAAACUCCUCAUUCACGAAUCCUAUACUGCCCGGAUGGCACUCCGAUCCAAGCUGCAUAUACGUGGCCGAGGAACACAAUGCCUUCUUCUGCGCAACCUCAUCAUUCCUCACCUUCCCAGGAAUGCCAAUCUACGCCAGCAAAGACCUGGUGAACUGGAGACUCGCAAGUCACGUAUUCUCUAAGCCCUCACAGGUCCCACAGAUUGGAGACACCGUCUCCCAGAACGGCGGUCUAUGGGCAGUAACACUUCGUUACCACAAGGGCAAGUUCUAUGCUAUAGUCUCAUAUACACCCCUUUCACCCUGGGCAGUCACGGGAUUCCUUUUCACAACAACAAACCCCUACGACUCCCACGCCUGGAGCUCCCCCCUGGUCUUCCCCCUCCUCGACAUCGACCCAAGCAUCUUCUGGGACGAUGACGGAACGACCUACCUCCACUUCUCCGGCAUCCACCAACAAACCAUCGACCUCUCCACCGGCGCCCUCGGCCCAGCCUCCAUAAUCUGGAAAGGCUUCACGGAAUUCAUCCCCGAGGGCCCACACGUCUACAAGAAAGACGGGUACUACUACCUCAUGAUCGGCGAAGGGGGCACCGAGCUAGGCCACCACGAAGUCAUCGCCCGCUCCCGCAACAUCAGCGGCCCUUACACCAGCGCCCCCUCCAACCCCAUCCUCUCAAACCAGAAUACAACAGAGUACUUCCAAACAGUCGGCCACGCAGACCUCUUCCAGGACGCUAACAAGAACUGGUGGGGCGCCGCUCUAGCCACCCGCUCCGGGCCUGAAUGGACUUCCUACCCUAUGGGCCGCGAAACGGUGCUCUUCCACGUAACAUGGGAGGCUGGCGAAUGGCCAGUCCUCGCGCCCGUUCGGGGCCGUAUGAGUGGAUGGCCGCUUCCGAAGCGCACUCGCGAUAUUCGUGGUAGCGGCCCGUUUGUGGGGGAUCCAGAUGUCAUUGAUUUCCACCCUGGUUCGAAAAUCCCGGCGCAUUUUGUGCAUUGGAGGUUUCCGCCGAAGGACGCUUUUGCGGUGUCAGAGAGGGGGCAUCCGAAUACAUUGCGUAUUCGUCCGUCGGUGGCGAAUCUGACGUCCAGCGCGCCGGCGAGUAAGGUGGAGGAAUUGAGCUUGGUGAUGCGUGUGCAGACUGAUACGCGGUUUGUGUUUAGUGUUGAUGUUGUUGAUUUUUCGCCCAAGCUGGAAGACGAGGAGACGGGCGUGACGGCGUUCUUGACGCAGACGCAGCAUCUGGAUUUGGGGAUUGUGAUGUUAGCUACUGGAAAGCGUGAUGCAAAAGGUAAGGAGGAGUUGGGAUUACAUCUUAGAUUCCGAGUUACGAAUGUGCCGAGUUCGGCGUCGAAUUUUGACGGGAGUAUACCGACGGUUGUUAAGCCGUUGCCGAGGGGCUGGGAGGGAGCGCCUAUCAGGCUGAUUGUUGAGGCGGUUAAUGAGACGCAUUAUGAGUUUUCUGCGGCGUCGGUUGGGAAGCCGAAGGCGGUGGAGAUGAUGGGCGUAGCGCCUGCGACGAUAUUGAGUGGUGGAGAUGGGCCGUUUACAGGCACGCUUGUCGGGGCAUAUGCUACGAGUAACGGCGGCGCGGGUAAGACAGAGGCAUAUAUCAGUAGAUGGCGAUACCAAGGGAAGGGCCAGGACAUUGGCAACGGGGAAACCGUGCCCUACACCCCAUUCGUCGUAGGAUGAGCAGGGAGAGGCUGGCAUAACAUCAUUCCUCUACUGAUUAGACUUUUAAAUAUCUAAACCCC